GCGCUCGUGUGGGCUCUUCUUCUUGUCUUGCUCCCACUUCGCAGAGCGGCAAACUGACACCCUUAACUGGCUGACAGAAGCAUCGAAUCCGGGCUCCUGCAGUCCGGCGGUCUCUGUCGGAGCGGGGCCGCAUUCUCCCCCAGUCUCGUAGCAGGUGGCUGGGACCCGAGAGCCUCCCCGAGACCUUGGACGUCGCCGGACUGGAUUCCUUUCAGCAGACCGGGGUGGGGAGGACGAAGGAGAAAAAGGCCCAUCUAUCCAUCUGGACACCCACCUGUAUGGCUCCAGGCACUCCAGCUCAAUCUGUGCCUCCUCCUCCUGGGUCCCCAUCUGAGAGAUGGUGUGUCCAGCCAGGCCAGCAAAGAGUUGAAAUUCAUAAACUGCGUCAAGGUGAGAACUUAAUCUUGGGCUUCAGCAUUGGAGGUGGCAUUGACCAGGAUCCAUCCCAGAAUCCCUUCUCAGAAGAUAAGACAGACAAGGGCAUUUAUGUCACACGGGUGUCCGAAGGAGGCCCUGCUGAAAUUGCUGGGUUGCAAAUUGGGGACAAGAUCAUGCAGGUGAACGGCUGGGACAUGACCAUGGUCACACACGACCAGGCCCGGAAGCGGCUCACCAAGCGCUCGGAGGAGGUGGUGCGAUUGCUGGUGACACGGCAGUCACUGCAGAAGGCUGUGCAGCAGUCCAUGCUGUCCUAGCAGCUCAUCGUCUGUGACUUGUGCCUACCUGCCUAUUUGUACAGUGACAUCACUUUCACACUCUGCCUGCCUCUCAUCCGGGCUUCUGAGUGCUGGGCCCCAGCUCAGAAGGGCAACCACUGACCCCAGAGGCCUGACCCAAUUCUACUUCCCCUCUUCCCACUUUGGGACCAGCUCUCUCCCUUGGACACUGAGGACUGGAAAUAAGGGCCUGGGGCUGAGUGGUAGCCAGUCUGUAGUGUCCACUGGCUCAGUCUCCAGAUUCUGCUGCUUAGCUGCAGCAAUGCCUAGGCAAGGGGGGAACACCACUUCCUGGGAGCCACCAAUGCUGGGAAAUGCCAGGCGGGCUGGCCUUUCCUUCUUUGCCCUGGCCCAGACCGCCUGUGUCCCCUCCAUAGUACCUGUGUCCCCUGCUUUUCCCUGUGUUGUCCAGGCAACUGCCAGGGUCGUGACAGUUUGCCUGGGUGGAAGCUGGGCGGGCUCCCUGUUCACCCCUACUCUCCCCAGGGGUGCUGGCCUCCCAAGGGUUUGCUUGCUGACAGGAUUUAGAGAGGUUCAAGGCUGACAUUUCAGCACAGCUCUCAGGAUUGCUAUUUUCCUCUAUGCCUGUGGGUUUAACUUUUGUAUUUUUUUAAUCACAACUUUGAUAUAAAAUUUAUCUUACUUUUUGGA